CAUGCCCCGCCUCCACACUGCCUCAUUUAUAAAAACAAACUAAGCCAAGGGAGGUGAUGUUCCACAGACUAUCCCUUUAAACACACUCUCAGCUCCACAGAGUCAAUUUUAAUUUGCUUUUGAAACGCCAGCUGACUGACAGGGAGCAGCUUCUUUUUUAUGUUAAGGCUUUUUAAUUAAGGAGACUUUUAUUGUUUUUUUCCAGUUAUCACAAGGAGUUUUUAAGAAACCUUUUCAUCCGCCUCACCUUUGAUUUUUCGGAGGGAGUCCGAUGGAUCUGUCAGACUUUCCCUUCGUUCUCUCUUCAGCAGAUGACCUCUACGACCCCUGCUUCAGCACCAGUGACCUGAACUUUUUUGAUGACCUUGACACCCGGUUGAUGCAUGCCAGUUUUUUGAAGUCAGAGGACCAUCUUCAGCACCACGUCCCCGUCACAGAAGAGGAGGACCAACAUGUGAGGGCCCCUGGGGGCCUCCACCAGGCAGGUCACUGCCUGCUGUGGGCCUGCAAGGCCUGCAAGAGGAAGACAACCCAUGCAGACCGGAGGAAAGCGGCGACCAUGCGUGAGAGGCGACGACUCAGUAAAGUCAACGAUGCAUUCGAGACACUGAAACGCUGCACAGCAUCCAAUCCAAACCAGAGACUGCCCAAGGUGGAGAUCCUCCGCAAUGCAAUCAGCUACAUUGAGUCACUACAGGCGCUGCUCAGGAACGGCCAGGAUGAUAGCUUCUACCCGCAGCUCGAACACUACGGGAGUGACUCAGGAACCUCCAGCCCCCACUCCAACUGCUCUGAUGGCUUGGUGGAUUUUAUCUCUCCGAGUUCAGCCAGAAGUGAAAACAGUGACGCUUCGUACUGCAGCCAGACAGCAGAGGAUUGCAGCAGCAGCAGCAGUAAAACAUCAGUCAUUUCCAGUUUGGACUGUUUGUCCAGCAUUGUAGAGAGGAUCAGCACAGAUCAGACUGCAGCCCCCCCUGGGGAUAGCGUGGUCCCCCAAGGCCCUGGAUCACCUCACACCGGCACUGCUAUCUCCAAUCUGUCUGCCGAGUCCAGCAACAUUUGAGAACCUGUCUAAAGCUGACGGUGUAGGGACUCAUUUUCAUCAAAAAACAUCUACCUCCAGGAGGAGGAGGAGAGCACAGGUGGCAUGAAGAAAAAAACAAACAACACUAUAAUAUUCCUGGUUUUUUUUUUAAGUCUUCAGAUUAGGGACUUAUAGAAGACAUGUUUUUUUUCGUAAGGUAGCGUCUCACUAAAAUAGAUAAAGUAUUUAUUCCUGUGGUUGAAGACUUUUCUGGUGGAUGACAAAUUAAGUUUGAGUCUAGCUUCAUCAGUUUUUAGCCUCCUGGAUGAACUGAAAACUGCAGAGUGGCUGAUAAAUCAGAGCACGGCUAUAAAAGAGGCGACAGUUGGCUAUUUAUACAUGCUGAUGAUAACUGAGGACCAUUUGGUGCACCUGCAGUUGACUGUUCAUAUAAUACCGUAUGUAUUACUGAAAUGUAAAUAAAGACAUAUUUAUA